CACGAUGCCCGAAGAUCGCCCUUCGGCUCUUCGUCUUCGACUUAUAAACCGGCUGGACAGUACAGGAGAAUUACAUAGUACCACGUAACGCCGCGAGCGCGGAGUAGUAACGCUGGUUCACAGUUACGAUACGUUAGGUACAUACAACCCAAUUCGAUAGCUCGAGGUGAUACAUACGAAGUAAUUACCUAUAUGGUAUGGGGUCAACGUCUUUUCCGGGGAUAUGCAUUUUUCCCCCUUAUUAGGCGGCAUCCCAAAUGAAUCGGCCCACUACUUAGGCCAAAAACGGGCGCAAAUCAAUUUCCUUCUUCUUAAUUCCCACGACCAGUCACCACCAACCGUCCCGUGUUCGUCUGUCCCAGCUCAAUAUGGUACUUUUGCGAGCCACUUUACCGGCAGCCUCUUAGCUCGUCCUGGACUUCUACCAUUGUGUCUCUCUAUAUGCCCUUGUCUCCCUAUAUCUCCAUAUCUCUCUUCCCGAGAGAGCCAUGUCAUGGCCAUGGCGCUUCACAUAAAAAGUCGAACGGCCCGGCCGCAUAUUCGCCGCCCGCCAUUGCGUGUGGGGGAUUUAUUGCUUUUAUUACAGCGUCUCGUCUCGCUUCGCUUCGCUUUUAUAUUACACGUGAUGCUCAUGAUUUCUGGUAAUCUAAUAAAACCAUUUCUGUUUCCCUCCAGAUGUAAAAAAUUCCGAGAAGUUGGCUCUUCUCGAAGUAAACACGCCGGUGUAAGCGCCGGGUGAAAGAGAGAUAGGGCGAACGACAGUACUCAUCCUGGGUACGCAAUGCUCUUUGUUAUCUCAACACUGCUGUGUGUCGUGGUGUCCCUAAGUCAUGGCCUGGAAUCGGUCAGAGACAAAGAUGGUUAGUUGAGACUAGCU